AUGCAUACAUCCAUCACCAACCGCCGAGCUUGCUCCAGGCACAGGAAGCCCGCUAGCGCUGCACGGCCGGCGCAGACUGUGGCAAAAAGAGACACUAGAUCCCUGCUCGUUGCUGCAAAGGCUGGCUGCUUUCUGACCCACAUCAAGAUCCAGAAGGCCUCAUGGGGUCCUUUGCACGCCAGCCAGCUCUCACACUCCUCGGUUACCAUAUAUACACCCCCACCAUCAACCACGACCAUCUAUCAGCAACAUCGAGACAGCAAGAUGAUGCAGCAUCCUGUAUACGGGAUGCCUCCGCAAAGUGCUGCAGGCUAUCCCCAACAAAUGUACUACGAUGAUUUCAAUAUGGGCCAAGCACCUGGCCGCCGACUUUCGCGAGGAUCCAUGGGACAACGUAUUGGCACAGCUAUGCGAGUGAUGAAGCCAGCCAGCGCCAACAACAGCCCCAGAUCCGCCAUCUUGGCCGCCAGAAGGAGGACCAUGAUGAAUGAUGGCACCAACCCUCGCCGCCAACAACAGGUACUAGACUAUCUCAACACUGCCCAGAACCUGGGCCUUCCCAGACAAGAUGCAGUGCCUAGCCAGGGCCGUCCUCUAAGCUGGCAUCCAUCUUCGCACCUCGUCGUUCCCCAGGCCAACUUCCAACACACAACCGGCACCAACCCCAUCUCUACGCCAAACAUGUAUACCGACUAUCAAGAUAUGUAUUUUGGUGCUGGCUCUCAAUAUUCGCCCAUGGUCGAGUCGUACUCGACAAACACGUCUCCCGCCUCGGCCUUUUCGCCACUGCCAGCGUCUUUCCCUCUGGAGAAUGAACAGUACUAUGGCACAGAUGGCUGGGACAUGACACAAAAGCCCGGUGCACUCUACACACCGACCGAAGAGUGCCAAAUGUUCCCCAACUCGCUUCCAUCCAAUAUGGUUUCUGGGCAGGUACAGGGCAACAACGGUGUCGACUGGAACAACUUUAUUAUGCACGGCUUCAAUCGGACCUCCCCUCCUACCCCGGAGACCUUUCUCCAACCGCCGCAACAUUACCAACAAAGCAUGCAAGAGAGACCAGCCCCCUACCCUCAGGUAGAGCCGGCAGAGGAGGAGGAAGGCGAGAUCUUGGUGGGCAUGGGGCUGUAUGAUACACCCGAGAAGCACCAAGAGGAUCCGCAACUUAACAACUACCACUCCACUGUGACGUCUCUACUGGGCUCGACCUUUCGCCUCACCGAACCUGUUGGCAAGGGAUUGAAGCUUGAAGAGACGUGGGAGCCUCCCAAGUCUGAUGACGAGGACGAGGAUGAGGACGACGGGCUGGAUGCCGAAGGCGAAGAUGAAGCAGCAGGCACUGCUUAA